AUAUUGUUAUACCCUUCUGAGACAAAUUUUUAAAUAAUUUCCAAUAGGACUAACAAUCAACCAAUCAAGAUUAACAUAACAGUACUUGACACUUUAAUACUAAGUAGGGUUAUGUUAAAGAGUAUUUAAGCACGUGGAUCGUCGCAGUAGAAUAUUGUCUGAUGUAUUUAAAUAUCGAUUUUGAACUAUAACAGAAUUUUUUAAGUAUUUUAUUUAUAAUUGUACGAUAUUUUUCAGUCAUAAAUUGUACGAAACGAUAAACAUGGACGAAUUAUUAAACGACAAACGAUUUGCUUAUGUUGCAAGGGAUCCUAAAUUUAAAAGGAUUCCAAAAGCAGAAAGAAAAGUGAAAAUAGAUAAAAGAUUUCAGAGUAUGUUUAAGGAUAAAAAAUUUACAGUUCAAUAUACUAUAGACAAACGAGGUAGACCUGUAAAUCAAACAUCAUCAGAGAACCUUAAAAAGUAUUAUGAUUUAUCGAGCAGCGAAGAAGAAAAUGAUGAAGAAGAACAUGAAAAGCCAAAACAAAAGGAGAAAAAAUUUAGAAAAGAUAAAAAAGAAGGAACUACAAAGAAUAAAAUUCCUCGAUCAAAGGAAAGUAGUCGAAAAAAUAGUACAAGUGAGGAUGCUACUAACUCUCCAUUACUUGAUAAACAAUUAUUAUCUUACAAGUCAAGUAAUAGUUUAUUAAGUAAUGAAGAGUCAAUAUCUAGCAUUAAACCAAAAGAAGAGAGUGAUGUAAAUUCUGAGGAACAAAGUGACACCGAGUCUGAAUCAGAUAUAGAUGACAUAACUAGUGCAAGAAGCUUAAAGUUAGAUUUAAAAGAAAGUGAAAGACAAUUGAAUAUUAGAAGCAAACAUGAAUCUGGGAAACUCACAGAUGAUAUCAAAGCAAAGUUAAGAAAUUUAUCUGUAAAUUACGCUAGAGGUGAAGGGCUUUUAAUGACAGACAGCUCCUCUGAUGAAGAAAGUUCUGAAGAUUCUGAUGAAGAUAUUGAACACAAUUGGGGUGAAUUAGAUAAGGAAGCUGAAUCAACAGAGGAAAUUACACACAGAUUAGCAGUUUGUAACAUGGACUGGGAUAGAAUUCGUGCUGUAGACCUUAUGGUUUUAUUCAAUUCAUUCUUGCCUACUGGUGGUUUUAUUCAUUCAGUUACUAUUUACCCAUCAGAAUUUGGUUUACAAAGAAUGAAAGAAGAAGAAAUUAAAGGUCCAAAGGAAUUGACGGACAUAAAUAAGGAAAUCGAAAAUGAAAACGAUAAUGAGGAAGGAUCAGCAUAUCACAUGGAAAAAUUAAGACAGUAUCAACUAAAUAGAUUAAAAUAUUAUUAUGCUGUUGUCGAUGUUGAUUCUGCUGAAACGGCAAAUAAAAUUUAUUCUGAUUGUGAUGGUACGGAAUAUGAAUCUACAGCAACAAGGUUAGAUCUCAGAUUUAUACCAGAUGAUAUGGAAUUUCACCAGACUCCUAAAGAGGUAUGUAGUAAAUUGCCAGACCCUACAAAAUAUCAACCAAGACAAUUCACAACUACAGCUUUGCAACAAGUUAAAGUACAGUUGACUUGGGAUGAGACGAAUCCUGAAAGAAUGGAAAUUGCACAAAAACUGAACUCGGGAAAAUUGAAUGAAAUUACUGACAAUGAUUUACAAGCUUAUUUAGCAACUGAGUCAAGUGAUGAUGAAUCAGGAAAAGAGGAAGGAAAGAAAUCUCAAAAAAAUAAAAGUGAUUCAGAAGCGGAAGAAACUGUUGAGCCAAUUGAAAAAUAUAAAGCUUUAUUGAAAGAGAUAGAAGAGAAAGAAGAAAGCAAACAGAAAAAAGAUGUUGAGUUAGAAUUUACUUGGGGAUUGGGCACAAAAGAGAAAGCUGAAAAAUUGGUACAAGAAAGAUUAAAGAAAGAUCAAAAACUUACGCCAUUUGAACAGUAUUUAGAGAAACGGAAAGAGAAAAAGAAAGCUAAACGAGAGGAACGAAUGAAACGCAAAAAUGCAGAUAGAGAUGUGUUGGACAGUGAAGAUUCAGAAAUGCUUCCUUCAGAUAAUGAAAUUGAAAAUAAUAAAUUGUCUUAUAGGGGAGAAAACACUGUAGAAAAUGAUAGUUUUACUUCAUCGGAUAGCGAAAGCGAAGAAAAACGUAAAGCUGAAUUAGAACUUCUAUUAAUGGAUGAAAAUGAUGAUGGUAAGCAACAUUUCAACAUGAAGAAGAUUGAAGAGAACGCCACAAUGACAAAAUCUAAACAGAAACGGUUGAGUAAGAAGAAAAACGGACAAAAUCAAAUAAUAAAAGACAACUUUGAAGUGAAUGUACGAGAUUCAAGAUUUAACGCAUUAUAUACAUCCCAUCAUUUUAAUAUCGAUCCAGCAGAUCCACAUUAUAGGAAGACCAAAGGUAGCGAAGCUCUGAUUAAAGAAAAAUUGAAAAGAAGAAUUGAUAGUGAACAUAGUGAAGUGAUACCUGCUAAAGAAAUAAAACUGAACUCUAAUACAGAACUACAGUCAUUAAUUAAGUCAGUGAAGAAAAAUGCCAAAAAUAUUUCAAGGCCUAUAAAAUAAUUUCUUUUAUAUGCAUUUUUUGAUAAAAUGUUUGUAAAUAUGUAUGUAUUCAUAUACGUAUAUAUAAAUUUCUUAAUAUAAAUAUAUCGAGUUUUAUUAAUUCAAGCUAU